CUUCAUGGCCUGCGGUGUCGAACGGGGCAGUACAUGUCUUCUUUUCACUUCAAAUCGGUCGAGAUAGUCGUGGACUAAAGAUAGGCAAGGGCACUGGCAGGGUCCGAGAUGGACGUUGCGUGGGUUUCAGAAUCUCCGGGAUCUGGCUUAGGGGAGCACGGUCCGGCCACAGCUGAGGUGUGCUUGGGACGAUCGUAGCAGUCAAGAAGGAGCAGGCGAGAGGUAGCGAACGUGUGAAUUUCGAAAGAGGGUCGAGAGCAGCGUUUCAAUGGUGGACAGUGAGAUAUGCAGUGGUUGAAGUUGCAGGGGAAUCAAGAGGGAGGUUUGUUAGUUUCUAAUAGUACUGAAGUAGUACUUGAUGAGACGCCGCAAAUGGUCAAGUCAAGGCGCUCCAACUACGAGGCCGACCACGACUGUCACGCUUUGCACUGCUUCGACCACUGCAGUGCACACAGUAUUGAUCGUAUCUAUAUCUAAAUGUCUUUAUUCUCCCUGACUGGCAGCCUGCUGUUGCUCCCUUCAAGCCCGCUGGCAGUUGCUGGCGAGUUGUGCAUCCUGGCCACCCCAUCUCGAGCUGCGUAGAAGUCUACGGCUCUGGCGCAGAUUAACCCAAGAUUGCUGUGGAUCUGACGUGAAUGUUGUUAACUGAUCCACUCAGGAAACUCACGCUCCCCAUUCUACCUGCCAAUAUCCGAUCCUGGAGCUCUCCAGUUCCAUGACGGCUGUGCAGUCUUGUUCUCGACGGGAAGGCGAUGGCAGUCGGACAAAAUGCUGCUUGGACGAGAUGAACCCGAACAGCAUCGACCUGUUGACGGGCCGGGGGAAGGAGAGGUGAACGGUGAUGCUGAAACGUCGCCCUCUCCUGUCGUAGGACGCAGAAGGCUUCCCUGGCAUGCAAUGUCGGAGGGUGUUGCAAUGCCUGAGCACUCCCUCGCGGCUGCGCCUGCUCCUCCUCCUGCUCCUUCUCUACAAUGUCUUCGCUUUCAAGCAGGCAAUCACGCCGCUGACCGCUCGGGUAGGAGCUGGAGCGAGAGCAGAGACAAUGUCUGAACCCAUCUAGCCAUGGGGUGUGGUUGUCAAGCCACGAAGACCCUCAGUGCCUCAUACUGAUACCGGCAGAGCAGCCCUCGCAGACCCAUAUUCAGAAUGAUCCGAUUACCACCCAGCAGUAUCACCCUGUCGGAGAGUGAUGUCGAAUUCCAUCUGCGGCAGGCUGAAAUCUACCAUGGCUUGUUGAGACAAGGAUUUAAGAAGCAGGAGAUCAUUCAUUAUCUUGCCGAUCAUCGACGAGCUCUUGCUGAAGCUGCUGGAGGAAGCUUGGAGGAUGAAAUGUUGCCUGCUCCCGGUACUGUGGAAUUGGCCUGUCGCCGUUCCCAAAGCCCGCAGGAUACGGAUGACAUGGCGCAACGAGGAAAGGUGCCCCGAAAAAGCCGUCACCCAUCCUCCUCGGAAUCUGAAGGGCUUCCUCCUUGCCGUAAGGGGCGGCGGUCGACAGAUCCUGCAGAAGCGUCAGAAGAGGACGACGAGCUUGGAGUAUAUUCUCCGGAGGGCCGAUCUGUCUCACCUGUGUCGCUUGUGCCGGCCAUGCAAGUGAACAAGCAUGCUCCUCGCAAAAGCUCGCUGCUGCGGUUCGCGACUGCAGCUUCGCGAGAAGGCUCUCCCGUCAAGGCUGAGGCAUCUGAAAGCAAAUCUGUCUCUUUCGCUUCUUCCAGGCCCAUGGGCCGGCGGAAUAGAUCAUCUGGGCUCCAAGAGCCUUACAAUUACCCUCGUUUGCAUGAUUCGGUUAUCGAGGAGAUGAGGCAGAUAUCGUUGGACAGCGCACAUGCGCAGAGAGGUUCAACCAGCGAGACAUCUGAUGAUUUGCCAUUCCUGCGACCGGCGCCCUUUUCGGCCACACCCCGAAUCUGUUCAUCACAAAGUGUUCCUACAACUUGUCAAAACAGCAGCCCGAAUAACACCGAUGAUCCCGCGCGUCAAGCUAGCUCUACACCAAGUCUGCCUGGUUGGGCGCAUCUUCGAAGCCCUACCCCGAGCUCCGGAGAGGAUAUUCCUAGCUCUCCACUGUUCAGCGCAUCUCCUGCGGAAGAACUUGGGAACUUUGACAAUCCAUCCUCGUCUUCGGGCCUGCCAGCCACGCCGAGCCCUGUCCGCAGAGCCCCUGCGUACCCUCGCACGGAACCUCGACAACACCGGCAUCGAUAUCUGGACGGUAAUUCAUUCUCCGUUUACAAUGAAUCGCUCCCAGCGGCUACGCAGCCACAAACGCCGGCUGAUUUGGCAAGGGGCCUCUUCAUUACAGAACAUGAUGCCGCUUAUACCGUCCCUCCGGGAAGGCCCUUACCAGGCCCGGCGACCGUGUCAGUAACCGAGGGCCAGCGUUGGGACCAAGAUGCUGGUGAGCAGAGCCCUGUUGUACGCGCGAUCGGUCUGCGUGAAAGACGGAAUCGAGAACUGCAGAGGAGUGUACGCGUGGAAGGCAUGCGGUUGCGAAGAUUGGUGAUGAGAGAAGAAGCAGUGUUUACUCAACAAGCGACGGAAACGCAGCAGGGGGGAGCCAUUGCUGGUGGUGGUGAUAAUGCAACGCGGGCAAGAAACACGCCCAGGCCCAGACUCUUUCAGGCCAUGAUGGAUGACAUAUGGAGAGAUGACCUGGAUGCUGACCGCGUGGGUGAAGAGAACUUCGAGGGCGAUGCAGAGAAUAGCCGGGGAGGAAUCAUGAGGGUGGUCAGUGGGAAUGCAAGAUUCGAAGGAUGAAACAGGGUGCCCAUCGACGGGACGGGUUUGCAUGAGCAACGAAGAACAGGGUAAAAGUGGUUGCCAUUUUUAGAAACUGUUUGUCUAGCCGUCCGUCUGCCCGAUGUACCAACCCUGAUUCCAUCUUCGUCUAAGUCUCGCGUUUAACCAUUAACCCAGAUAGCUUCUCAUAAGUACAAUGGACUGUCGGAUACUCGGCUGCUUUGUCUAGACAUUGUCCCACUUUCUGAGUGCACAAUAACCCCAGGAUACCAUCCAAUUGGAGCAAGUUUUUGUAGCUUCCUGUCUUUGGGUAACAGAGACGAGCAGCCGAUACUCCGAUCCUGGGGGCCAACGACACAAUAACCGCCAUUCAAGACUCCCGUAACCGACAACCAGUAUCUUGCGGUAUCAUCCUUUAACAGCUGAUGUCUACACAGAACGACCUCCCAGGGAAACGAGAUGACAACCAGGACAGGUGAGAGGGCUCGGUCUGGACUCGACCACUGCAAGCGAGAACUGACUGCACAAGCAAGAACGGUAGAGAACAGGAAGAAGACCAUCUCUCCAAGAGCUUUUCCGUUUGGGGAAUUUUGAGCAUACACGGGGAGGAACCUUCUCAACCCACAUGAGAUCAGAUAGACAACAGGUCAAGAAGAGCUCUUUGGCGCAACGAGAGCCUCAAUAGCCUCGACCUGAGCAAUCACCGAACUCUUGCUCGUUCCGCCAACAGUAGACCUCUUCUCGACGCUGCGUUCGAAAUCGAAAAUCUGCGUGACAUCGGGCUCAAACAGCGGCGAGACCUGCUGCAGAUCCUCGACACUGAGUUUAUCGAUAGAGACGCCCUGUUCUUCCGCCUUGCGCACAAUGGCGCCGGCAAUAUGGUGUGUCUGCCGGAACGGAACGCCCUUGAGAACCAAGUAGUCCGCGACAUCUGUGGCGAGCAUAUCGGCCGUCAGAGCCGCUUUCAUUUUGUCGCCGAAAAUGUCGAGCGAGCCCAAGACGCCAGAAGUGAUGGUCAGGGCUUGCGAGACGGUCUUGACGCAGUCGAGGAGCGGCUCGACGGAUUCUUGGAGGUCUUUGUUGUAUGAUGUGGGUAGGGACUUGAGGGUUGCUAGGAAUCCGGAUGCCUGGAACGCACAAGGAAGAGGUGUUUGUUAGCAUCUGAGUAAACAUGGAUAGCUUUUUCUUCGGACCAACUAACCUGUCCCAUAACUCGUCCAGCUUUCCCCCGGAUCAACUCGAGACUAUCAGGGUUCUUCUUCUGCGGCAUCAAACUGCUUCCGGUACUAUACGCGUCUGCAACCCUGACAAAGCCAAACUCGGCCGUCGAGAACAGAAUCAAAUCCUCACUCAGUCGGGACAAAUGCACCAUCAACAAGCUGGCCCAUUGGAGGAUCUCGACCACGAAAUCCCGAUCAGCCACGGCCGCCAGACUGUUCUGAUGGACGGACGUGAACCCGAGUUCACGGGCCAGAAAUUCGCGGUUAAUUCCGAACGGGUUGCCCGCAAGUGCACCGACGCCCAAUGGACAGGACGAAGAAACUCGCUCUUGAAUCCCCUGCAGACGCUGCAGAUCGCCCAGGAUGAAAGUCGCGUGUGCCAACAGCCAGUGCGAGAAACGCACCGGCUGCGCCCGUUGCAAGUGAGUAUACCCCGGCAUCAAGAUGUCAAUGUUUGCUUUCGCCUGCGAAGCGCAGACUUGCAAGACGCCCUUCAUGGUGUCUGCCAGACCAGCAAGUUGCUCGCGAGCCCAUAGGCGCAUGUCGGUGGCGAUCUGCUCGUUGCGCGAUCGGCCCGUGUGUAGCUUGCCGGCAAUCUGCGAGCCGAUCAAUUCGCCCAGUCGACGUUCGUUGGCCGUGUGGAUGUCUUCGUCAGAUUUGGGGUCGAUGACAAAUGUGCCUUCUUCCCAUUCUUGUUCCACUUUUUGCAAACCGAAUACGAUUUGGUCCAGCUCGUCUUGGGUUAGGAUGUUUAGUUGGCGGAGGCCCUUGGCGAAUGCGAUUGAUCCUUGAACAUCGGCUUUGCAGAGAGCUCGGUCGAAACUGAGGGAUUCGUUGAACUUGAACAUGAGGUCGUCGAUAGCGCCUGUGCAAUAGUGAGCAUUACGGCACUACAGAUACUUCUUGCGUCUGGCUUCUGUAAAAGGCACGACGGGGUUGCUGAUCUGCUUGACUCACCUGUGAAGCGGCCUCCCCAGAGGAGGGUGGGAGCGGGAUUGGCCAUGCUGUAAAGAAGUUUACAGGAAUGGAGUAGCAGGUUCGAGGUAGUUCUUGAGCCUGUGCAAGAGUCCCUGUUAUUUUGAGGUGGAAUCAAGGGAAUCUUUUUUGAAGAAGUUGUUUGCGAGGUGCUCUGAUAAGGUCCAAUUGCUAGUACGACGAGGCCGGUCCACAGCUUUUUACUCC